GAAAUGUCUAUUUCCCUGGGCGACACCGUCAGCACGCCGGAGUGUGUGCAUCCUCCAAACAAUAUUUGGAUUGUUGAGAACUCCAAAAGAUCUCUGAAUGCUGAACGCCAUUAACAUCUUUACCGACACCAACGCACGCCACUGAGGAGCACAUCCUUUUCCUCUUCUUCCCGCGUCCUUCGCCGUCUCCUCGCGAGAGCCGUCGUCGACCUCUGACCUCCGUUGCCAUGGAGAAUCUCAGUGAGCUCCAGAACCCGUUGUUGGACAAAAACAGCAAGCACAUGGUCAACGGUUAUGGGGGCGACUUCCCGAAUAACCAGUACCAGGAAAACAUUAUUAAUUACUUUGCUGGAGGAGAGGGAGGAGGUGGUGGAGGGGGAGGUGGAGGAGGUGGAGGAAAGGCGAACAACGGCACUGUGAUGAGCGGAGGAGGUAGUUACAAUACCAACGGGAAGGUAAAAUCUCAGCAGCUCCUGGACGCCACCUCGCUGCACCUGGCGGUCGAGGCGUUCUACAGGCCCAACUUCAUCCUGUACAAGGAGGACAGCGACGGCGUCAAGGCCAAGGAAUACAAAAGCGAGUGCUGCGAGACCACGUUCACGGAGAAGAAAGCCAAGGAGGCGUCCAACGCGGCGGGGGCGGACACGCCCACCGCCACCGAGGAUCCCCAGGCGAAGCUGCUGGAGGACGGCGGCGAGCACGUCAAGAUCCAGACGGUUUCCUACGAGGUAGAGGAGGAGGAGUACGUGGAGUACGAGACGGACUGCUCCAGCGACAGCGAGAGCGAGGACAACUUCAUCAUUGUCCCUCCACGGGACCACCUGGGCCUGGCCAUCUUCUCCAUGCUCUGCUGUUUCUGGCCUUUGGGCAUCGCAGCGUUUUACUUCUCACAAGGGACGACCAAGGCGGUGAACAAAGGCGACUUCCCACUGGCCAACAUCGCCUCCAGACGGGCUUUGUUCCUCGCCGCCCUCUCCAUCACCAUAGGCACCGGCGUGUACGUGGGGGUGGUGGUGGCGCUCAUUGCCUACCUUUCUAAACCAGGACACAUAUAGCGGACGCCGCGUCACUCCCAAAAAUGUACAGUCUUUCCCCCCCCCCCCCUCCUCCGC